AUGGAGAGCCUCCUCGCCCUCCGCCCCCUCCCCUCCCCCUCCCCCUCCUCCCUCUUCCGCCGCCCCCGGCGGUUCCCGAGAUCAUCGACGCCGCCGCCCGUCUCCCUCCCCGCCCUCCGAUCGAGGCCUCCCUCCUCCUCCCCCUCUCCUUCCCCUCAAAGAUCACUCCUUUCUCUCCACCCCCACCUCCCCUUCCACCAUAAGCCGAAGACCCACUUCCCAAUCCGCGCCUCCUCCUCCCCGCCGCCACCGCCGCCGCCGCCGCCGUUCCGGGGCGCCAAGCCGCUGCCCCUAAUCAUCUCCGUCGCCGUCGGCCUCGCCGUCCGCUUCCUCGUGCCGCGGCCCCUCGGCGUGUCCCCGCAGGCCUGGCAGCUCCUCGCCAUCUUCGCCUCCACCAUCGCCGGCCUCGUCCUCGGCCCGCUCCCCGUCGGCGCCUGGUCCUUCCUCGGCCUCACCGCCUCCGUCGCCACCCGCACCCUGUCGUUCCCCGCCGCCUUCUCCGCCUUCACCAGCGAGGUCAUCUGGCUCAUCGUCAUCUCCUUCUUCUUCGCCCGCGGGUUCGUCAAGACCGGGCUCGGCGACCGGAUCGCCACCUACUUCGUCAAGUGGCUGGGGAGGAGCACGCUGGGGCUGUCGUACGGGCUCACGCUGAGCGAGGCCCUCAUCGCCCCCGCCAUGCCGAGCACCACCGCGAGGGCCGGCGGGGUGUUCUUGCCCAUCAUCAAGUCGCUCUCGCUCUCCGCGGGGAGCCGACCCGGCGAUCCCUCCGCCCGGAAGCUCGGGUCUUAUCUCGUCCAGUCUCAAUUUCAGUCUGCUGGUAACUCUAGUGCUCUUUUCCUAACUGCUGCAGCUCAAAACCUCCUCUGCCUCAAACUGGCGGAAGCACUAGGAGUUAUAAUAAAAUAUCCUUGGGUUUCUUGGUUCAAGGCUGCUAGUUUACCGGCCAUUGUCUCUCUUCUAGCUACCCCACUGGUAUUGUACAAGUUAUAUCCUCCUGAAAUUAAAGACACCCCAGAUGCCCCUGCUAUGGCUGCCAAAAAGCUGGAGAAUAUGGGUCCUGUCACGAGGAAUGAGUGGGCCAUGGUUGGCACAAUGCUACUUGCAGUAUCACUUUGGGUGUUUGGAGACGCGCUGGGAAUACCUAGUGUUAUAGCUGCUAUGAUUGGCUUGUCAAUACUAUUGUUAUUGGGAGUCCUUGACUGGGAUGACUGCUUGAGUGAAAAGUCAGCGUGGGACACAUUAGUAUGGUUUGCUGUUUUAGUUGGUAUGGCGGGGCAAUUGACAAAUCUUGGCAUCGUGACGUGGAUGUCUGAUUGCGUGGCUAAGUCCCUGCAAUCCUUCUCCUUGAGCUGGCCCGCCGCAUUCGGUGUUCUGCAGGCAUCUUAUUUCUUGAUCCACUACCUCUUUGCUAGCCAAACGGGCCAUGUGGGCGCUUUAUACUCUGCAUUUCUCGCCAUGCACUUAGCAGCUGGAGUGCCUGGUGUGUUGGCGGCACUAGCAUUGGCCUAUAAUACGAACCUAUUUGGCGCUUUGACACAUUAUAGCAGCGGUCAAGCUGCUGUCUACUACGGAGCUGGUUAUAUAGAUCUUCCCGAUGUGUUCAAAAUGGGAUUUGUGAUGGCCCUUAUCAAUGCCCUCAUCUGGGUAGUAGUUGGAACCUUUUGGUGGAAAUUCUUGGGUCUCUACUGACAAAUUAAACAAGCAACUGGCACUUGAUAUUUAUUCAUCAUCCCAUCUUGUCCUUACCAUUGAGCUUACUUUCCGUCCUCCGGAAGUUCCAAUUUUUGGGAGCUUUAGAUGAGAUUGUUUGAAUAAUGUACUGCUAUUUUUUGGUGCAAGCCUUAAGUUCAGAAAUUGAGUUAUAUCGUCUCUCGAUGGCGAUACAGCAACAAA